GGAGGGGUCGUCGGGGACGAAGGCGAUGUCGAGGAGGACGACGCCGGGGUCGAUGGGCAGGUAGACGCGCUCCCACUCGGAAAGCGCCGGCGUAUCGUCCGCGCGCGCCGCGGGAGCCCAGUGGGGUAGCACGAGAGGCGCGACGGCAGCCGCAGCGGCAGUGUGGGCAAUGAAGCGGCGGCGGUCGACGGUGGGCGGUGCGGAGUCAGCCGGGGAGUGGGAGGCACGGGGGGCGAGGAGGCGGCGACGGCGGGAGGUCGGGAGGAGGAGAUGGAGCGAGGCGGCGGCUGUGGAGUUGGUGGCCAUGGGAGCGGAGACGUGGCCGCGGCGAGGCAAGGCGCCGGUUGCUGCUGCCCUGCCUGUGGCUGGGCGUUCCCAGGAUGACCUGGUGGAGGCGCUGCCGGGUCAGCCGUCGGAGGUUGGGUUCCGGCAGUUCGCGGGGUACGUGACGGUGAACGAGUCGCACGGCCGCGCGCUCUUCUACUGGUUCUUCGAGGCAACGCACGACGUCCAGAACAAGCCCCUCGUCCUGUGGCUCAACGGAGGACCGGGAUGCUCGUCGGUUGGAUACGGAGCGGUGGAGGAGCUUGGUCCCUUGUUGAUCCAGAAGGGAGAGCCCGAGAUCAGGCUCAACCCCAACUCCUGGAACAAAGACGCGAACCUGUUGUUCUUGGAGUCCCCUGCUGGUGUUGGAUUCUCUUACACCAACACCACCGAGGAUCUCAGUAAUUUUGGCGAUGCGCUCACUGCCCACGACGCUCAUGCGUUCCUAGUGAACUGGUUCAAGAGGUUCCCACAGUUCAAGGGCCACGACUUUUACGUUGCCGGGGAGAGCUACGCUGGGCACUACGUUCCGCAGCUGGCGGAGAAGAUCCUGGAGGAGAACGACAAGCUUAAGCCGGCGCACAAGAGAGACCGCAUCAACCUCAAGGGCAUCAUGAUCGGUAACGCUGCGAUCGACGCGAGCUCCGACGACCGCGGCCUGGCGGAGUACGCGUGGAACCACGCGGUGGUGUCGGACGAGGUGUACGGCGCCAUCAAGAAGGAGUGCACCUUCGCCGACGACGGAGAGGAGAGCCAAGAGUGCAACCUCGCCUGGAACGACUUCUUCGCCGCGAUGCGAGACAUCGACCUCUACAGCCUCUACACCCCGGCCUGCACCGAUGCCGUGGACAACUCCACCGCCCGCCGUCGCUUCUUCAAGCUCGCGGGCACCCCUCUAGCUAAGGUGCACCGCGGCCUGCCGUACAACACGUACGACCCCUGCGCCGACCACCACGUGAUCGACUACCUGAACCGCGCCGACGUGCAGGAGGCUCUGCACGCCAACGUGACAGGCAUCCCCUACAAGUGGGCGCCCUGCAGCGACGCGCUCAACAACUGGGCCGACGCGCCGGCGUCCACGCUGCCGGCCAUCAAGAAGCUCGUCGACGCCGGCCUCCGCGUCUGGGUCUUCAGCGGCGACACCGAUGACCGGGUGCCGGUGACCUCGACGCGCUACGCGCUGCAGAAGCUGAACCUGCCAACGGUGAAGUCGUGGAGGGAGUGGUUCACGAGCGACCAGGUGGGCGGCUACACGGUGGUCUACGACGGCCUCACCUUUGUCACCGUCCGCGGCGCCGGCCACAUGGUGCCCAUGAUCACGCCCGUGCAGGCCAGCCAGCUCUUCGCCCACUUCCUCGACGGGAAGGAGCUGCCGGCCACACCCGUCGUCCUCGUCUAGUCAUCUCCACUAAAU